AUGACGUAUCCAGUAACAGACGUGGUAGUUAUGUUGUUGGAGACGCCGUUUCGACGAUGGACUUCUGAUAGUAAAAAUGAUUUACUAAAAGUGGGUAAGCCUAUUCCGAUUUUGUCAGCUUUGGCUACUGACAAGAAACUAAGUAAGGUAUUCUGUAGGGCAUUUAAUCCAAAUUUAUAUCAACAACACUCUUGGUUAUGUGGGAGUCAUUAUAUACAAAAAUUGUUUUGUUGGCCAUGUUUGUUGUUAGGUAAAAUGAAGUCUGUGUGGAAUACUGUUGGGUAUUAUGAUUUGAAAAAUUUAUCUAGAAGUAUACAAAUACAUCAAACAUCAAAAGAACAUAUUCAUAAUCAUUUAGGAUUAAAAAACCUCGAAAAAGAUUGUUUUACUAUACUAGAUGUUGUUAAUGAACAUGGUAAUUUGUUUAAAAAAAAUUAUAAUGAGAAUGUGAGAUUAAAUCGUUUAUUUAUGGAGCAUUUAAUCGAUUUGGUUUUAUUUUUGGGAAAACAAGAGUUGGCAUUUAGAAGUCAUGAUGAAAGCAGUGAUUCAUUAAAUAAAGGGAAUUUUAGAGAGUUGUUUGAUAUGCAUAUUAUUAGGUGUUCUCAAGAAAUUCAAAAUCAUUAUAAUAGUAUAAAAAACAUAUUUUCAGAUAAAUCUGAAUUGGUUGAGCGUUUCUUGGGUUUUCAUAAUGUUAGUGAAGACCGCACGGCUCAAGGUUUAUUUAAUUUGGUUAAUUCUGUUUUACAUGAGUUUGAUAUAGAAAAUAAAUUAGUUGGACAAUGUUAUGAUGGGGCAUGUGUAAUGUCUGGGCAUUUAACAGGUUUACAAGCUAGAGUUAAGGAAGUUGCACCAAAUGCUUUAUUUACACACUGCCUAGCUCACAGAUUAAAUUUGGUAUUGCAACAUGGUUGUAGUAUAAAUGCUAAAUGUCGUAUAUUUUUUGCUAACCUCACUGGUAUCGCUGCUUAUUUUCACAAUUCCACUUCACGUACUAAUUUUGUAGAUACUAUUGUAGGGAAAAGAAUUCCUCAAUUUGUUCAAACAAGAUGGUCCUCACGGUCAAAAAUUUUACACACAAUAGUUAAUGAGUGGUCUGGGUUUAUAAAUGUUUUUGACUGUAUUAGCAAAGAUCCAAAAUCGUCAUCUGAAUCUAUUUGUGGUGCUAUUGGUCAUUUAAAAAAUUUAAAAACUUUUGAAUUUGCUUUCUUAGCACUGAUAUUUA